UGUGUCAGUGAGAGAACUGGAUUUAUUUAUGGGUGAUAACGUUACUUUGUGCAGGUUAUAGUAAUCAGGUAGUGUAAAGUGUAUGAGUUUUGCAUUAGGAAAGAUGUAGGUUCAAACCUGUUGUGAUGUGAUUGUUAACCUUGGCUAUGGGCAGGUGUGAUGUUGUACAUAAUCCCAGAACUCAGGAAGAAGCAGCAGGAGGCUCGGGAGUUUGGGCUGCAUCGCAAGACCCUGUCUUAAAGCAAAGCGCCAAGAACAUUGACUGUGGGACCGGAUCUUUGUUCUCCUGCAUACUAAUUGCCCGGUCACUCUCACUCUCUUCCUCAAGGACCAAGCUGUAAACUGUUUGUACAUUUUUAUUAAUGCUGGAACACUUGGAUGCUGCUUUCCUGUCGGUUCUGACAGUUCCCCAGGAUGGGACAGAACGCUUCAGUUACACCACUAGCUUACUAUUUUCUUAUUAAGUUGUCUUUCCAGUUCUUUCCUUUGUCAGGAGCUAGGUAGGGCCAAAGGCCCUUCCAGAUCCUGUGGACAGAAGGAAGAACACUGAGCUUUUGUUCCCUGCCAGGGCCAUUCUUGGCAAGGCCAGCAAUGGUUUGGUGCCAGGGCUCUGGGGGGCCGAGGCCAGGGCCCAGAGAUCGACGGUUCCAUGUAAAGUUGUAGUUAAAUAUUACAAACCCUGAGAUAUGAAAUAUUUUGCUUACUGUACCAGAAUGUACCUUGCAAAAGAGGAGCUAGAGUUCCCUGAAAUUCUCCUGCUGGGUGAACUUCACUGAUUUGUUUCCUGCCUCCCCAUUUGAGGGGUAUGUAAGGAGCUGUGAUACUAAUAAACUGGCUGGCUGGAGUCGUCAGCCCUCACAGCCCUCCUGACCCCAGCUUUGGACUUUAUUUUUCUCCUCUCUGGUCUGCCCCCUCAGAGUCCCAGUGUGAACCCAGGAAGAACAGGUGGUCUGGUUCGCCCCCUCUCAUUUUCCUUCCAAAGGUCUCUCUUUGACCUUUAACCCAAUAGCUACCUCUCCUUUUUUCUAGCUUCCCAUUGGGAUCCUCAUCAUUGUCUAAGAGUAUUGUGUACAUUGUAUGGCAGUAUUUGGUCCCUCCCAUCACAUGUGCCCUUUGGCAGUGCCAGGAAAUUUUCCGCACUCCAGCAGCCAAUCAUUGUUCUUAUUGUGGAGGAGAAGACAUUCCUGGGGGGUUAUUAUGUAAGAAACCGUUGGGAUUGGAUUGUCAGCAGUUACCCAGUCCUGUCCUUUCCUCUGCUGCUACCUCUGCUCUGAACUGAGCUCUCAACUCUCAACCUCAGCAGGAUGCUAAGCUACUUCUUCCUCCUGAAGGCACUUCUUGCUCUCGGGUCCCUGGCAUCCUGGGUAACUGCAGGAGAGCACGUGAAAGAGGGACAGUGCCUUCCUGAUCGGAACCCAUGCAAAUAUCUGUGCCAACUUGAUAGGUCAUGUCCUGCUGGGCAGAAGUGCCACAGCACAGGCUGUGUGUGCCAAGGCUCACCAAAGAGGAAAAGAGGUAGUCCCAAAGUUAUUCAGAGACCAUUCUGUUCUAACACGUGUACCACACAUAAGGCAUGUCGCGCAAAGAGAUGCUGUACAUUUGGCUGCAACAAGAGAUGUGUAGUCCCACUCUUCAUACAGAAGCUGGAAUUAAGUGGUGGAUGUCCUGCUGACCCUCUUCCAUGUGAGGAGCUGUGUGAUGGGGACACAUCUUGUCCCCAGGGACACAAAUGCUGCAGCACUGGCUGUGGCCACGCCUGCCGAGGAGACAUUGAGGGAGGGCGGGAUGGUCAUUGUCCCAGAAUUCUGGUGGGCCUGUGUAUUGUCAACUGCAUGGUGGAUGAGAACUGUCAGCCUGGGGAAAAGUGCUGCAAGUCAGGAUGUGGCCGCUUCUGCGUCCCCCGACUCCAGCUGCUCCGCCUGCCCACAGACUCCAACUUCACCAAUGGGUCUACACCUGAAUCAGAGUUCCAAGCACCCUAGCUGUUCUGACUUGUCUGGAAUCUUCUGGAAGCCAAGAAGGGGUGAUGUCCUGGGCCUUGUGACACUCCCACAGAUAUCAGGCCUUCUCCUCUUUGCCUCUGCUGCCUGGAGCACACAGAACAGCCCUGGGGACAGGAGCUUCUCUUUCUCAAUAAAAGACUGGCAUGGACCCUCUCGUCUGUACUGUGUAGGGCCUCAGAUGAGGUGGGGGAGUGAGCGGGUCUACCUGUGCAUGGCUUUGGCAUUGUGAAGCCUAUGGACUAGAGAAAGAGAGCAGAUUCUUAAAUGUAACAUGUAUGAAGAAGAGUAUUAAUGUCCCACGUGAAAUGACUAGUUAAAUAAACUAGCCAUUGCAUGGAGUUCUAGUAAAAGAGUUAUGUGUAACACCUUAGGCAGUCUUAUAUGAGUUUAGUCAUCUUUGAAAUAAUACAUCCUGACUUGUUUGAUGCAUAACAAGGUAAAACAAAUCUUUUAAAUGUUAAAAAAAUAAUAAUUGGUGUGUGUGUGUGUGUGUGUGUGUGUGUGUGUGUGUAAGUUGCAUGUACACAGUGAAGGUGUAGCUUUCAGACGACAACUUUGAGGAGUUGGUUCUCUCUUUCCAUUGUGUGGGUCCUGGGGAUUGAACUCAGAUCAUCAGGCUUGUGUUCAUUCCUGUCUCUUACCAACGUCACUACACAUUUAAAAAGGCUUUCUGCUUUCCUCUUUUGUUUUCUGUCAGAUAUUAAAAAUGUCACUGUCUUACACCAAGUGUGUUACAAGAUAGUUUUUGUUUGCUUUUUUGCUUUUUGAAGUUUGUGUAUCCCAGGUUAGCCUCAAAUUUCUAUAUAGCAGAAGCUGGCCUUGAACUCCUGAUCUUCUUAUGCACACUUCCCUAGUGCUGGGAUCGCAGGUGUGCACCACCAUCUCCUGCUUUGGUUUUCAUCCUUUAUACUCAAGUGUUUCCACUGUGAGUCUUAGCUGAGGGUGAUCUUUGGCAUGGUUUCUGAUUCUUCCACCAUGUGGCACCAAACAAAUCAGCAUGUUACCUCCAAGAGCUGAGGUUUCAUGGAGAUUGUAGUGUCACACAUAACUCUUUACUAGUCCUCCAUGCAAUGGCUAAUUUAUUUAACCAGUCAUCUCAUGUUGGACAUUGAAACUCUUUUAUACACACACACACACACACACACACACACACACACACACACACACACACACACACUGUAAUAAAUACAAAAAUGUUAAGUGAAAUUCUGGAUAUUACUGUGUUGAGAACACUCAUUUUUCUGAGUAGACAUGUGUUGGAGUUGGCUGAUCUGACGUCAAGUGGCUACUUUGUGCCAUGAACUCUAUGGUGGCUGGCCCAGGACAGUCAUGACUCUGGGAAGGGCUAAUAUUUGAUGGACUACUGACCAGUUGCUGAGAUCCCUCAUCCACUGACUUGCUUAUCAUUUUAUUGUUUACUUAAACAUCAAAAUAAAAAAGCACGCAUUUUCUUUUGA